AUGCACUUCAAGAUUGGGGAACCUGUUAUGCUGCUUCGAAACAUCGAUCCACCAAAGCUUUGCAAUGGUACACGCCUUAUCAUAAAGAAGAUGAUGCCAAAAGUCUUGGAGACAAAAGAUUUGACUGGUAAAGCAAGCGAUGAAGCUAUAUUCAUUCCUAGAAUUCCACUUAUUCCCUCAGAUAUGCAUUUGCAGUACAUGCGCCUGAAAUUCCGGUUGAAAAUGAGCUUUGCAAUGAGCAUUAAUAAGGCCCAGGAGCAGUGUUUGGAUGUUGUAGGUCUGAACUUUGGAGAACCAGUUUUCUCCUAUGACCAACUUUAUGUGGGAUGCUCAAGAGUCGGAAAUCCUAAUGAUUUGUUCUUUUAUGCCCCACAAGGAAAGACCAAACCUGUUGUUUAUCAAGCUCUGCAAACUUAA